GCGGGGGGCGAGCGGCGGUGAACGGGCUCAACCGGGACUUUGCACCGGCGGAGAGGAUGUACCGGGGCUCGUAACGGCUGAAUCGGAGCCUGGGAAGGGAUUUACCGGAGCUUGCAGCGGCUCAACGGGGACUUUGCACCGGAGAUCCGGAUCCUGGGGGACGGACGGACUGGGGUUGGUAGAGGCGAAGCGGGGCUUUAUAUCGGAUAACCGGAGCCUGGGACGGAUACACCGGGGCUUAUAGCAGCGAACCGGGGCUUUGUACUGGACAAUCGGAGCCUGGCACGGCUGCACCGGCGCUUAUAGCAGCGGAUCGGGGCUUUAUACCGGACAACCAGAGCCUGGGACGGACGCACCGGGGCUUAUAGCAGUGAACCGGGGCUUAUAGCAGUGAACCGGAGCCUGGGACGGACCCACCGGGGCUUAUAGAGGCUGCAUCGGGGCUUGUAGCAGCGAAUCAGAGCCUGGGACGGACGCACCGAGGCUCGUAGUUGCUCACCGGAACCUGGCUCGGACCCACCGGGGCUUAUAUCGGCUGCACCGGGGCUUAUAGCAGCGAACUGGGGCUUUAUACCGGCGAACCAGAGCCUGGGACGGGCACACCGGAGCUUCUAGCAGCGAACCGGAGCUUUAUACCGGAGAACCGGGGCCUGGGACGGACACACCGGAGCUUAUAGCAGCGAACCGGAGCCUUAUACCGGACAACCGGAGCCCGGCACCCCUGCACCGGCGCCCGGCACCCCUGCACCGGCGCUCGUAGCCGCUCCCCGGCGCCUGGAGCGGCCACCCCGGCCCUUCCCCCCCCCCCCCCCCGGCUGCAUCGGGACUCCUGAAGGCACCGCUGCCCGUUCCUAGUUCCGCUGCCGGGGGCGCCCCGGGAUGCCGGUAGCGUGACCCGCAGCCUUGGCGCGGCGGGGCGGCCCCCGCGGCCCCGGGGCCAUGUACCAGGGCUUCCCCGGGGACUACGACUCGGGGUCGCGGUGCAGUUCGUCGCCCUCGGCCGAGUCCCAGUACCUGUCCUCGGUCGAUUCCUUCGGCAGCCCCGCGGCGGCGGCGGCGGCGGCGGCGGCGCAGGAGUGCGGCGCGCUGGGGGACAUGCCCGGCUCCUUCGUGCCCACGGUGACGGCCAUCACCACCAGCCAGGACCUGCAGUGGCUGGUGCAACCCACCCUCAUCUCCUCCGUGGCUCAAUCGCAACCCCCGGGGGCCCCCAUGGCGCAUCCCCCCCCUCUCGAUCCAUAUGACCUGCCGGGACCCAGCUACUCCACACCGGGCAUGGGCGGCUUCAGCGCGGCACCGGCGCCGCCGGCACGGCCCAGCCGCGUGCGGCCCCGGCGCAGCCGUGAGGAGACGUUGACGCCGGAGGAGGAGGAGAAGCGCCGGGUGCGUCGGGAGAGGAACAAGCUGGCGGCGGCCAAGUGCCGGAACCGGCGCCGGGAGCUGACGGAUCGGCUGCAGGCGGAGACGGACCAGCUGGAGGAGGAGAAGGCGGAGCUGGAGUCGGAGAUCGCGGAGCUGCGCAAGGAGAAGGAGCGGCUGGAGCUGGUGCUGGUGGCGCACGCCCCCGCCUGCAAACUGCCCUUCGGGGCCGCCGAGGUGAGCGCCCUGCGCAAGGAGGAGCCGGCGCCCGGCGCCCAGGGCCCCUUCCCCGCCUGCUGCUUCGCGCCGCCCGCGCCGCCUAAUCCCAACCCCGCGUCUCCGUUUGUGUUCACCCACCCAGAGGGACCCUCCUGCGGAGCCUCGCAUCAGCGGAGCAGCGGCAGCGACCAGUCCUCGGACUCCUUGAGCUCCCCCUCGCUCCUCGCGUUGUGAAACGGGGGGGCCCCGGCUCACCCCCACGCACGGGCACCUCCCCCUCCCCGGCUGGUGGCUUCUUGGGACCCUUUGCCCAUGGCGGGGGGGGCGGGUUUUGGAUGGGUCCAAGUUCUUCUGAUGGGGUUUUGGAUGGUUUCUCGGACGGUUCCUUUGAGGGGCUUGGAUGGUUCUUCGAGGGUUCCUGAAUGGCUUUUGGAUGAUGGUUCCUUGAUGGUUCCUUGAUGGCUUUUGGAUGGUUCUUGGAUGGUUCCUUGAUGGCUUUUGGAUGAUGGUUCCUUGAUGGUUCUUGGAUGGUUCCUUGAUGGUUCUUGGAUGGUUCCUUGAUGGCUUUUGGAUGGUUCCUUGAAGUUCUUGGAUGGUUUUUUGGGAUGCUUUCGGAUGGUUCUUUGAUUUUUAUUUUUUUUUUUGGGGGGGGAUGGUUUUUGAUGGUU